AUGGUGGAUAACCGGUACGCCACAGCGUUGGUCAUUGGUUCGGUCCUUAGCUUGCUUGCCUGUGUUUAUCUGUCAGUCGCAAUGGGAACGCAGCAUUGGUACCAGUACCGUAGCCUACCACCUAGUAACGACAUCAACAACGGUUCGGACCUCCAGGGUCUGCGAACAGAAUUCACCACUGAAGACGUGGAUGAGAAGACGUACAGCGAUGCACUAUUCCGUCUUAACGGUACAUUGGGAUUGUGGUGGCGCUGUAUACUGGUGCCCAAGAACACACACUGGUUCAGAGAGCCUGUCACUCACUCUACCACUUCUUCCCCUUCCGUCUCCUUUGUUUCAGAGCCUAAACUGGAGACUAAGUGCGUAGCCUUCACUCUCUCUCAGCAGUUUAAGACUAAGUAUGAAGAACCUGGCAACCACAACUCUGGAGAGCACCUCCUGCGCACCUACCUGUGGCGUAGCCAGUUCCUGUUGCCUCUGGUGUCUGUGGGCCUGGUCUUUUUGGGGGGGCUCAUAGGUGUGUGUGCGUGCCUCUGUCGUAGCCUCACCCCUACACUGGGGGUCGGAGUGCUCCACCUAUUGGCCGGUUUGUGUUCUCUGGGCACGGUGUGUUGUUUCUUGGCUGGAAUGGACCUGCUGCACAACAAGUUGGAACUGCCAGAGGGCGUGACCUACUCGCUGGGCUGGUCUCUGUACCUGGCCCUCAUCUCCUCCCCCCUCCAAAUAAUGGCCGCCGCCCUCUUCCUCUGGGCGGCUAGGAGUCACCGCAAGAACUACACCCGGAUGAUCGCCUACAGGGUCGCUUAGGCAACCGGUCGCCCCAGGCGACCGCUUCACCCGUAGCACUCCCCGAAAUUUCCCUGCACAACCACUCUGUUCGGCGUGGAACCGCUGACUCCGCAAAAACUCAGCGACCGCAGAACUACAGAAUUACACCUGCACUGCUCCGUGAGCUCUCAAGUAAAAUAGAUCCAUAAAUAAAAAUACACUCGUGUCAUGAAAGACUGCAGAAACAGGACUGCAGUUUCGAACAGGCCGGACACCGUCGCCAAGGCGAUUGUGAAGGGCUGCCAGAUUUGUGGAGUCCUCUUAGGCCAAACUACACUCCUGUGACAGCCGAUUUUGACACAUCCACCAACUGAUGAGAAAUUCUGUUCAGUAACAGUUCACCUGGAUGCCUGCUCACCU